AUGAAGAUCUUGUCAAAACGUCGGUUCUGCAUCGUAUUAUUAUUACUUCUUGGUUCAUCAUUCCUAACUUUGAUCUACUAUUCGAACCAGUCGCUUUUAAAAUGUCUGUUUACUCACCCUUUUGUGCCAGUGAAGCAGUCCUCGAAAACAACAAAUUAUCCAUUUGUUUAUGACUCCAAUAAUAAUGAUAAAAUUAAUAUUGCGGAUGGUCUUAAAUCCUUUCCUGUUGUAAUUUACAACAGAAUACCAAAAACAGGCAGUACAUCUUUAGUAAAUUUAGUCUAUCAACUGAUCGAAGAAAAACGUCUUUAUACACACGUGCUACAUUUGAACAUUUCUACAAACCGACAUUAUUUGAAUCGUAGAAAUGAAUUGAAUCUUGUCAACAAUUUGACACAUUGGACUAGUAUGCAUCCCUUAAUGAUACACGGACACUUUGCUUAUAUAAAUUUCAAAAAGUAUGGAUCGUCACUCAAUCCCAUCUACAUUAAUAUGAUAAGAAAUCCAUUGGAUCGAUUGGUAUCUUAUUAUUAUUUUCUACGAUAUGGAGAUGAUUAUAGGCCGUAUUUAUUCCGCAAACGUAUGUCUGACCCUGUAACUCGCAACCAAACAUUUGACGAAUGUGUUCGGAUGAAGGGUAGUGAUUGUAAUCCACAACUUCUUUGGGUUCAGGUAUUUUUAUACAAAUUUAUAUAUACUGUAAACCAGUCUGUUCUGACACCAUACUCAUUUCCAGUUAUAAAUAAUACAAUCUUGAUGACAAUUAAACCACAGCUUUUGAGUUACGGUUUUUGUAAAUGUGGUCAGACAUUGAUAUCUGCUCAUAUUUCAAUAUUUUAUAAUUUCAUUGUUCGAGUCAGAGUUAUUAUGAACUGUAUUUAUUUGCAGUAA